GAAGUUGCCCAGCCAGAAAAUGGCGGUGAGGAGUCUGACAUUAGUAGCCAGGUUCCAACCACGGCGCGCGAGAGUGAGGCAGUCGGUUCCAGCGAGGCCACGACACUUUUUUGUGGAUUGGAAGGCUGUUCGCAAUACUUCAUCGAUUCGGAAAAACUGUGCAGGCAUUUGCAAAUGGCCCACAGUCUUCCUACAUAUGUAGUGACAAUAGAUCUCACGACAAAGAUGGAGUACUUGGGCUUCCGUAAUGAAUAUUUGAGCAAUGAGUUCUUUCACAAAAUCGACGUUGAUGGAAAUUACACUGUGUAUACGUGUCAGCGGUUGUUGCCUGGUGGAAAGACGACUGCUCUGAGAUUGGUUGAAGCAACAAGAGGCGAAGUAUCAUCAUUGUAUGAUCAAGAUUACAAAUGCCCUAUGGAAUUGCAACCACGUCGUGGUCCAUUUGUCAGACAAGGCGGCUUCUGUCCAGCUUUCGUCAUGGUUAAGCGCGAUGGGGAAAGGUCAGUGGUUCUAAUUUUACAAUGA